ACGGAGUGUGUGUCAGUGACCCGGAGGCGGUGUGAGGCGGAGGGACCGUCGGGGGGCGCCGCCGCCGCCGCCGCCGCCUCCACCAGCAGCAGCAGCAGCAGCAGCAGCAGCAGCAGCCGCAGCCGAGCCGCGCGCACGGAUUUGUCUCGAGCCCUUUAGGAACAAACGACCGAGCGGGCCCUGCGCCUUUCCCUCCACCGCGGCUCCUCAGCGCUCGGCUCCGCGGCCAACUUCCCCCUGGCCGGGCUUGGCCGGUUGGCGAAGAAGGCGGCGGCACCACCGCGGCUGUCGGCUGGCGCUUCCUGCGCACGCUCUCCUCUCACCCCCGCGCUCCGGGUGUCGCGGCCGUGCUGGGAUCCCGCGGCCACCAGCAGUUGUCCGGAAAUAAUGCAAAAGGUGUCACAAGGCUCCUGACCAGUGAACAGAGAUUUGAGAAAGACAACCAAGCUCAUGUUUUCUCCUGAUCAAGAAAAUCAUCCAUCCAAAGCACCAGUAAAAUAUGGUGAACUUAUUGUCUUAGGGUAUAAUGGGUCUCUCCCAAAUGGUGAUAGAGGAAGAAGGAAAAGUAGAUUUGCUUUAUUUAAAAGACCUAAGGCAAAUGGGGUGAAACCAAGCACUGUGCAUGUUGCUUGUACUCCUCAGGCUGCAAAGGCAAUAAGCAACAAAGACCAGCAUAGCAUAUCAUACACCUUAUCUCGGGCACAGACAGUGGUCGUUGAAUAUACUCAUGACAGCAACACUGAUAUGUUUCAGAUUGGUCGGUCAACUGAAAGUCCCAUUGACUUUGUAGUAACUGACACAGUACCUGGAAGUCAAAGUAAUUCUGAUACACAGUCAGUACAAAGUACUAUAUCAAGAUUUGCCUGUAGAAUCAUAUGUGAACGGAAUCCACCCUUUACAGCACGAAUUUAUGCUGCAGGAUUUGACUCAUCCAAAAACAUCUUUCUUGGGGAAAAGGCUGCCAAAUGGAAGACGUCAGAUGGGCAGAUGGAUGGCUUGACCACUAAUGGCGUUCUUGUAAUGCAUCCACGCAAUGGGUUCACAGAAGACUCCAAGCCUGGAAUAUGGAGAGAAAUAUCAGUGUGUGGAAAUGUAUUCAGUUUACGUGAAACCAGAUCAGCUCAGCAGAGAGGAAAAAUGGUGGAAAUUGAAACCAAUCAGUUACAAGAUGGUUCAUUAAUUGACCUCUGUGGUGCAACAUUGCUGUGGCGUACUGCAGAAGGCCUUUCCCACACUCCUACAGUGAAGCACUUAGAAGCUUUAAGACAGGAAAUCAAUGCAGCAAGACCUCAGUGCCCUGUAGGGUUCAACACACUGGCAUUUCCUAGUAUGAAGAGGAAAGAUGUUGUUGAUGAAAAACAACCAUGGGUAUAUUUAAACUGCGGCCAUGUCCAUGGCUAUCAUAACUGGGGAAACAAAGAAGAACGUGAUGGAAAAGAUCGUGAAUGUCCUAUGUGUAGGUCUAUUGGCCCCUAUGUUCCUCUGUGGCUUGGAUGUGAAGCUGGAUUUUAUGUGGACGCCGGCCCUCCAACCCAUGCAUUUAGCCCAUGUGGGCAUGUGUGUUCAGAAAAGACAACUGCCUAUUGGUCCCAGAUCCCACUUCCUCACGGUACUCAUACCUUUCAUGCAGCCUGUCCCUUUUGUGCACAUCAGUUGGCUGGUGAACAAGGCUACAUCAGACUUAUUUUCCAAGGACCUCUAGACUAACAGACAGUUGUCUUCCAGGACUACAUUAUAAAUUUAUAAGCUAAGUGAGUUGGGGUUUCCAACCUAUUGUCCAUAUCAGUUUCUCUGCUUUGAUCAUUUGCAUUAAGAUGAAGAAUUUUUUAAAAACAUUUAUAAUAAAGUAGCAGUUUUGAGCAAAAAUCUGGGAAACUCAAGCAAAAGAAUUUCUGGAAGUACCAGACUUCUUAAUUUUGAGUUUUGAAAAUAUAUUUUGAGGGGAAAAAGAUAUAGUCUAAUCUGAUGCCUUCAUUUUAGUGUUUUUGAAUCACCCAUCCUCAGUGUUGAAAAAUUGUUUUGUAUAACUGAGGGUAUUGUUGGUUCAAACUAUGUUAGUUUACAGUUUGUUGCAAACAUUGUAAAAUAUAGCAACAUGUAUAUUAACUUUUCUAUUUAUCUUUAUAGAAAAUGUAUUAGAAUGUUCUUGAUAGAGUAGCAUAGUAACAGUGGUGUCACACUCUUGGUGUGAAUGGUAGUUUAGCAAGCAUAACUAGCAAGGAUUUGCAAGAUUAGAAAGAACAAGAGCUUCUCUCCCACUCCCAUAUCAAUAUGGAAUUUGAUAAAUUAUAAUACUUUGUAAGACCAAAUUCAUAUUAAUUACCAUUGUAUAAAGGUGUUUGUUUUUAACCACAUUAAAGAUAAUCAGGAAAGGUUUUUUCCUUAAUGUUUCUCUCAAGUGUAGUACUAUAACAAGUUUAAUGCUAAGAAAUAUUUUAUAUGCUCCUUUGAAUAUGCAAUUUAAUCUAGAAUAUCUAUUUUUCUCUCAUGAUAACUAAUCUGUUUUUAGUAUCAACAGCAUUUGGCAAGUUUAUUUUUUAGAUAUAAACUGGUUCAUCUGUUCACUAUUUCUAGGAAAAAAAUAAAUCCCCUGAGAAAAAGCAUUAAUUAGCAAGAAAGGAAUGUAGCUUGAUUUGCUUUUAGAAAAAGAAAUGCCUAGUUAACUCGUCUAUUUGGCCUUAUUGAGGCAUUAGGAAGCUAGGUAUAAAGGAUUGUGUGACAAUAGUAAUCCCCUACCCUCACCCUUAUCAGCCUUUUUUUAAAAAAAACCUAACAGACCAGCCUUAACUAUGGAAUUGAAUGGAAAUUGAGAGUUGCCACAGUGUGACUCAAGGGAAUGUUUGGUUGGCAGAUGAGUACCAGAGACAACAGAAUGGAGAAACAUACUUGCAUGGUCUGUUUAUUCUCUAAUUGCAGUAAUUCCUUUGCUUUCAGGAGCAAGUAAAAGUUUCUUCUCCCCUCCCCCUCCCCUGUACUUAAAAAAAAAAAAAAAGAAAGUAUAAACUACAAGAAAUAUACAGAUGGUUGCACUACAUCAAACUCUUUGUGACACUUGUAGAAGUCAAUACAUUUUUAGAUUAGACAGAACUAUCUUUUUAAUGUUUUGGUUUUUUUCUUAGUUUGAAAAGUUGUGUUGUACAAUUCUUAAUUGACUAACAGAUUUUUGUAUGUGGUAUAGCAUAGCUUUAAUUUACCUUAUCACAACAUUGUUCUGAAUUUCCUUUUGGUUUUUAAAAAACAACUUGUUGGUUAAAAGCCAUGAAUUGUUUUACUUUAUUUCAACUUGUCAAACUUUCCUUGGUUUUUUAAGAAUGGUCAUUUGGGUUCACUCAGGAAAUGCAUGUCAGGAAACUUCUAUUAUUAAGUUUACUAGUUGUGAUGUAUCAGUAACUGCUGUUACCCCUUUUUCAAAGAAAUAUAAUUGAUUUGGAAAUUUUCUAGACUUUCACAUGUUUUGUGACUAAUGCAAGGGAAAUCAAGUCCUAUAUUGUAUUUGUUCUAGUCAUUUCUAUUCAAGCUAUAUAUUGUAGCUAACUUUUAUUUGUAAUUAAUUUAUUCAAAAUAAGUAAAUACUUUUCAAAAUAGA